CAACAAAUUCAUUACAAACUUCUUUUACCUGUUUAUUUAACUAGAAAUUCUAUGUGAUUUCAUUGCAUUUUAUUAUUAUUAUUGUUGUUGUUUUAUGGGUAUUUUUGUUUACCUGUAUAUUUGUUGUACUUUACGAAGAAAAAUAAUGUUACAAAAUUGAUCCUUUGAGCUACAUAUGUAAAGUGUCUGAAAAAACUAUUUGACUACAAGGAGUUAAAAAUCAUUGUGACAUAGUCAUUUUGCAGUGAAACGUAGAAGCAUGAAAAUCAACGAAAAAAAUUUGUGUGUUUUCGCAACUAGUCCACCAUACGAUAAGGAGGGGUUUCUUUUGAAGAAGGGUGAGGUCAACAAGGCCUUCCAGAGAAGAUACUUUGUGCUAAAGGGAAAUUUACUGUUUUACUUCGAGAAGAAAGGCGAAAAGGAACCACUGGGUUUGAUCAUAGUUGAAGGGUGUACAAUUGAACUUUCGGAGGAAAGUGAUCAAUAUUGUUUUGAAAUAGCUUUUAAUGGCAAUCGUACGUACAUUUUAUCGGCCGAAUCGCAAGAAAGUAUGGAAUCCUGGAUGAAAGCUUUAACCUGUGCUGGCUAUGAAUAUAAAAAACUAAUGGUGGCUGAAUUACAAAGACAACUGGAAGAGAUAGAUAGUUCUCGCAACAAAAUAACCACUGAUUCGAUGCCCUCAUCAACUAAUGUGUUAACACCCAAACCACCACCACGUCGCACCAAUCCCUUUAAUCGUCCUGCUCCACCUUUACCUGGCUGUGGAAAUGGCAACAAUGGCUUGCCGGUUUCACCCCAAGCAAUGCCAUUUAUUAAUGGCCAAUUUGGUUCGUCUUCCCAACGCAAUAUUACGGCCACUAACACUGCCAACAAUAUUCAAACAGGACGUGAUACUAGUCCCCUACCACCACCAAGAGGCAUAAAUUCAGCACAUGGAUCUACAUCAUCUUUGUCUUCGAAUUCAAACACCACUACAGCAAUAGCCAGAAGUGAAUUUUUUAUACCAACUCAAGCAAUUACUCAACAAUUGCAGUCUCAACAACAGCAACAACAGAAACAUAAACAAAAACACCAUAACCACAACCACCAUCAUCAGCAUCAUAAUAAUCUCCAUAGUGCCAACAAACUACCUUCGAACGCAGUAUUCUAUAAUAAUACCCUCAACGACUUUCAAAAUCACAACAGUUCAGUGAAUUUUAACGAAAUCCACGAGCAAUUUCGCCAACUUGUCAUGAAAGAUAUUCUAGAAUAUCAGGCUCAACGUGAAAUUAAAGCUCAGCCUCUUAUACAAUUGUGAUUUUAAACAAAUUUAAAAUUGCAACCAUUGUAAUACAUACUAGAAAUACUUAACUACAAAUUGUGUAUGUUAUCUUCUGCUUUAUUACCUUUUAUUUGCUAAGAGCACUUACACAGAUUUAAUAUUACUUUCUUGUCCCUUUAUAUUCAUUAUGUUGUGUUUAAUUUUAAAUAUAAAUAUAAUUUUAAUUUAAUGUUAUUUGUUUUAAGUCGUUUAAAAAAUAUAUACAAGACAUACAUACUAUGGAGACACUUUAAUAAAUAAACUUAGUAGAUAACAAAUAAAAUCUUUUUCAAAAGAUUUCUAAAAAAAAACAAUAACAUGUUACUAAAAUUUUAAUAAAAAUUAAAAAGAAAACAAAAGAA